AUGGCCGCUGACGAUCUCGAAGUCUCUUCCCGGGUCAUCCUCAAAGGAUCCGGUAAUUGGGAUGUGUGGAUCAGCGUAAUCCGCAAGUUCGCGAAAAGUCAACAUGUCUGGGAAUAUGUUGACCCUGAUGCUGUACACAAGCCAGUUCUGACGCUGCCAGUCGAACCGACGCCUGGACAAGCCCAGACAAACGCCACUGACAUACAGCGAUUGCAAGGUGAUAGUCUUAGCAAAUUCCAAAUCCUUGAGGCAAGGCAUCGAAGCCAACUUCAGAUCUACAAGGACAGGACCAAAGCUUUGGCGACACUACAAGAAUACAUCGUCAAAACCGUUGGCAGGUACUAUGAUAUCAUUGCCAAGGAAGACGAUGUCGCAAAGGAACUCAUGAUCCUGAAGAACCGUGUCAAACCAACUGACUGGGCUCGGGAGAGUGAAGUCACGGAUCGAUAUUACGCUACGCUUAAGGCAAAUCUUGAUCUGCCUGAUAUAAGAGGCCUGCGACAGACUCGACAUUUUCUUAAGGCGGUAAAUGCUAUAGACCCGACAUUCUCGAAGGUCUGGAUCAAUCAGAUGGAAGCAAAGGCCCUAUCCCACGAGGAUGACGAGUGGCAAAAGACAUUCCCUGAUGGAAUCAAGAUCAGUGAAAUUUUCGAACGGUCAUAUCGAUCAACUGCUCAGAGCUCGGGCAGCAGAGGUGCAUUCGCCACCUUCCAAGGUGAAGGGGAGCCUGAUGCAUCCAAAACCAACAACAAGAACCCAGGGGGAAGACCAACUUGCCUCUGCGGUCGCAGACACUUCUAUUCAGAGUGCUACUACCUAUCUGAUUCGGUACGACCAGCUGGAUGGUCUCCGGACAACAAAGUCCAGGAAGAAAUCGAUCAGAAGCUUCAAGACCCUACUAUCAAGGGCAAAGUCGAACGGUCCAUCAGGAACCGAAGGAAGAAGGAGGAACAGUCUCAGCAACAGGAUGGAUCGGAGAUCAAAGGAACUGCCUUUGCCGGAGCCAUAGCCAGGAUUCAGCCAGAAGCUCCGCCACCGAUGCAGCAACCAUCCGACACCGAGAUCCAAUCCACUUUCUCAACUGCAGCUGUUGUCAACAAAAAGAACGCGCUCUCUUGCUGA